CUUCCCCUGCCUCCUCUUCUAGAGAGAGAACGCGCUGGACUUCAUGCCUUCAUGAUCGAAAGAGGAAACGGUGCAGUAGCAAAGUUAGAUUACUACUUUCGUCCUUGUUUUCUUCUCCUUUACGGGUUUCGAAGGAGAAACAAAAUCGAAGAAAAAUAUCAUUCCUUGGUGGGUAUUGUUUCAUUUGAAGAGAAGAUUGAGACCCAGUAUUGGGUAGUUGAGAAGGAUCUCAGAUUGAGAUAAUGGAUUCAGAUAUUCAGCUUCGUAGUAAUCAGUUUCAAAAUGAACAACAGCAACAGCAAAUGAAUUCCGGUUUGACGCGAUACCGAUCUGCUCCGAGUUCAUAUUUCGCAGGCAUUUGCGACGGUGGAGAUAGUUUCGAUCAUUUCGUUAGGUCACCGAGUCCGGAAACAGAGAGAAUUCUGUCACGGUUCGUGUCUGGAGGAGGUAAAGACGACGAAUCUUCUCACAAUUUGUGUAAGAUAGAACCAAAUUCGUCUGCAAUCGAAACAGGAACAACCAAGUAUCGAGAAGAAGAAGAAGAAAACGGUUUAGAAUUACAGCAGAGGGAUAACAAUGCUUAUUCUGUUGCUGCUUCUUCACAGAUGAUUUAUGGAAACCAAGCUCAUCAGAAUCGCACAGCCUGCUCCAGUUCAUCUAUGAACAAUGACUCUUACAAACAACUGGCAACAUCACUUCCCUUGGAUCAAAGAUUUCAUCCUGUGAAGAUGAUGACCGGCGGCUCCAACCUUAUGCGUCAAAGCAGUUCGCCUGCUGGAUUUUUAUCCUACUUGAACCCCGAACAUGACUUUAGCGUAGUUGGUGGUGAUAACAAGAGGGUGAAGAUUCAGACAGCCUUCUCAUCUGGUCCGUCUUCAUCCACUGGAUUAAUGGCCACCAUUCCUGAGGGCGAAGGAGGUUUAGACGAAGUUCACAAACGCAUGUCAACUCUCCCCAUUGGUUCUUGGGACGAUUCGACCAUUCUAUCUGGUUCUUUCCUGGAUGGACUUGAAGAUGAGGACAUAAAACCCGGGGUUAUGGAAAUUCAGAGUGGUGAUGAAGGUGGCAAAGGCAGGUCUCCUAAAAUGUUGUCCCACCAUUUGAGUUUGCCUCAAUCUGCCAUGGAGAAGCUAUUACAGUUUCAAGAUUCCGUCCCUUGCAAAAUACGAGCCAAGCGUGGAGAAGCUACUCAUCCGAGAAGCAUAGCUGAGAGGGUGAGAAGAACCCGAAUCAGCGAAAGAAUGAGGAGAUUGCAAGAUCUUGUGCCCAAUAUGGAUAAGCAAACAAACACUUCAGACAUGCUAGAUUUGGCUGUUGAUUACAUAAAAGACCUUCAAAGACAAGUCAAGUCACUUUCGGACAAUCGAUCUAAAUGUAAAUGCUUGAACCGCCAGAAUCAAUAGAAGAUUUCCCAGGUGUAAUUGGAUCGAUCUCAUGUAGGUACAGUAAUGAAGAAGUAGAAAAAGGUGGAAAUCCAAUUAAAUAUAUAUAUAAGAACAUUUGGGAUAUGGAAUAAGGUAGCUGCUGCCUAAUUGUUAUUAUUAAUCUUCCUUAUGGCAAAAGCAUCUAGUGUUAACUAGUUUGUUUGUUGUAAAAUCAAUUAUCAGUUAUUGGUUAGCUAAGAAGAAUUGUGUCUGGCCUGGUCUGGUCUGGUCUGUCUAUGUUGGUGUUGUGGAGAAUGUGUAAUUGGGGUUUUUUGCUAUUUAUAGUUAAGUGAUAGAAUAAGGUUGUACUGAAAAUCAUAUAUACCCAUAGUAUACAUACACCACCAAAUCCUGUUAUA